UUGUCAGCUGCUCCAUGCUUCCCUGGUGUCUGCGUGACUGCUGGGCUCUGUGGUGUCCUCCCAGGCUUCUGGGCUUGACCUGCUUAAAUCACAGCCCCUAGAGCAUGUACCUAUUUUAGAGGCAGAAAGGGAUGUGAGCUGGGAGGCAGAAAAGAAAGAGGCUCACUUGGUCUGGCACAUUCUGCCCAUUAUAAGGAAAAGGGGCUGUGUGUGGUUGUGUUGGGAUGGGCAGAUUGUAGCUGUGAGAACUGAUCAUCACCUGAGCUGGUGAGAGCUCCCAGCUCCCAGGGGCCUCUUUCCAAUCAUUUCCUCUCCCGCCUGACCUCCCAGCCUUAGAGGGCUGAUCUAAACCCUGUAAAACCAGGCUUUAGGCUCUGACCCACCUGUAGGCAGGAUCAGACUCAGGGGGUCUCAUGGUCCCCCAGAAAAGGUCCCCUGAGACAACUGGCCACCCUCAUCCUCAUCAGGCAAGUGCCUUGAACCCAAGAGGCUCAGAAGUGACCUGGCAGGAGAGCCUUAGCCCAGUGCCUCGGGCAGCAGGGAUCCCCAUCACGGGAGACAUCACACCCAACACACGAGGGCCCUGUCACCCCGCCUCUGGCUGCAAGUAGCACGAGCUCUCUGAUGAGGCCUUGCCUGCCAGCCUGCCCACCGCGGGGCAUCAACCACUUAAUUAACAUGUGGACAACUUCCAAGGCUCUCACAUCAGAGGCCCUGGGAAGCCCAGAGCAGCAAGGCUGUGCCAUUAUACUUAGCACCUUCCCCAGAGCUCAGGCCCAGCCGUAAUCCAGUUAGUUCUCUUCCAAAUUAAAGAAUCCAAAUCAAAAUCUCUCUCUCCACCUAUAAAUAAUUAGCCUGCUCCCACCAGAAUGACAUCUAGAAAAGCAAUUUCCUCUGUGGCCACUAAGAAUAAUCAGGAGAUACGUUCGGUAGAUCUCCUUUCUGCCCGUGGACGCCACCGAGUAAGCAUUGUUGACGUCUCCCCCACCUCCACUGCCGUCGUGUCUAAGUCAGAGUCACCCAAAGAGCCCGAAAAGCUGCGGAAGCUCUGCAUCGGAGGUUUGAGCUUUGAAACAACCGAUGACAGUCUGAGGAGCCAUUAUGAGCAGCGGGGAGCGCUCACAGACUGUGUGGUAACGAGAGAUCCAAGCACCAGGCGCUCCAGAGGCUUCGGGGUUGUCACGUAUGCCACUGUGGAGGAGGUGGAUGCGGCCAUGAAGGCAAGGCCACACGAGGUGGAUGGAAGAGUUGGGGAAGCAAAGAGGGCCGUCUCAGGAGAAGAUUCUCGAAGACCUGGUGCCCACUUAACUGUGAAAAAGAUUUUUGUUGGUGGCAUUAAAGGAGACACUGAAGAACAUCACCUAAGAGAUUAUUUUGAACAGUAUGGGAAAACUGAAGUGAUUGAAAUCACGACUGACCGAGGCAGUGGCAAAAAGAGAGGCUUUGCUUUCGUAACCUUUGAUGACCAUGACUCUGUAGACAGGAUUGUCAUUCAGAAAUACCACACUGUGAAUGGCCACAACUGUGAAGUAAGGAAAGCCCUAUCUCAGCAAGAGACGGCUAGUGCCUCAUCCAGCCAAAGAGGUCGAAGCGGUUCUGGAAACUUUGGUGGUGGUCGUGGAGGGGGUUUUGGUGGGAAUGACAGCUUUGGUCGUGGAGGAAACUUCAGUGGUCGAGCUGGCUUUGGUGGCAGCCGCAGUGGUGGUGGAUAUGGUGGCAGUGGGGAUGGCUAUAAUGGAUUUGGUAAUGAUGGAAGCAAUUUUGGAGGUGGUGGAAGCUACAUUGAUUUUGGCAGUUACAACAAUCAAUCUUCAAAUUUUGGACCCAUGAAAGGAGGAAACUUUGGAGGCAGAAGUUCUGGCCCCUAUGGUGGUGGAGGCCAAUACUUUGCCAAACCCCAAAACCAAGGUGGCUGUGGUGGUUCCAGUAGCAGCAGUAGCUGUGGCAGUGGCAGAAGGUUUUGAUCACUGCCAGGAAACAAAGCUUAGCAGGAGAGGAGAGCCAGAGAAGUGACAGGGAAGCUACGGGUUACAACGGAUUUGUGAACUCAGCCAAGCACAGUGGUGGCAGGGCCUAGCUGCUACAAAGAAGACAUGUUUUAGACAAUGCUCAUGUGUAUG